AUAAAUAGCGUGGAGGGAGAUACUGGAAUAUCUAGCGAAAACCAGGAUACUUGCUAAUCUUGCCUCACAAGAGGACAAGCUAAACACUAAACAUCAACUUGUUCUUACAGGGAGGAUUCAAACCCUAAAUAUAAUAAAUGGGGGAUUACGGGUUUGGAGUGUUAGUGCAAAACAACACUGGAAAUAAGUCAGCUUUUCCAGUCAGAUUUCAUCCACAUCUGCAGCCUCCACACCAUCAUCAAAAUGCAACCCCCAGCCCUGCUGCUUUUAUAAAUAAUAACACAGCUGCCAAUGGCAGUAGUGCUGGGUCAGCUUGGCUCUUUCCUGCCCCAGCUGCCCAUAAUAUUCAGGAUGAGAUUCUGGGGUCAGAAAAAUCUAAAACUCAGCAACAGGAAAAGCAAGAGUCCCUAGAAAAACAGCAGCUUUCCCCUGGUCAAAGUCAGGAAGCAGGCAUGCUCUCUGAACCCGAGAAAGCUAAAACUGAAGAAAACCAGGGCGAUAAUUCUUCAGAGAAUGGCAAUGGGAAGGAGAAAAUAAGAAUAGAAUCGCCGGUUUUAACAGGAUUCGAUUACCAAGAGGCUUCGGGGCUCGGUACUUCGACACAGCCCUUGACAUCCACCGCAUCUUCUCUGACUGGUUUUAGUAACUGGUCUGCAGCUAUUGCUCCUUCUUCUUCUACAAUAAUCAAUGAAGAUGCAAGUUUUUUCCACCAGGGAGGGGUCCCUACUGCCUCGGCUAAUAAUGGUGCUCUGCUGUUUCAGAAUUUCCCACAUCACGUCAGCCCUGGCUUUGGCGGUAGCUUUUCCCCUCAGAUCGGACCCCUCUCUCAGCACCACCCUCAUCACCCCCAUUUCCAGCAUCAUCACAAUCAGCAUCAGCAACAGAGGAGGUCUCCUGCAAGUCCUCACCCGCCUCCAUUCACACACAGAAAUGCUGCUUUUAAUCAGUUGCCUCAUUUGGCCAAUAAUCUUAACAAGCCACCUUCUCCGUGGAGCAGCUACCAAAGCCCCUCGCCCAGCCCGUCCUCCUGGAGCCCCGGCGGCGGCGGCUACGGUGGCUGGGGAGGCUCCCAGGGCCGCGAUCACCGCCGGGGACUGAACGGAGGCAUCACCCCCUUGAACUCCAUCUCGCCCUUAAAGAAGAAUUUUGCAAGUAAUCAUAUCCAGCUGCAGAAGUAUGCACGACCCAGCUCGGCCUUCGCUCCCAAAUCCUGGAUGGAUGACAGCUUGAACAGAGCUGACAACAUUUUUCCUUUUCAGGAUCGCACGAGGACUUUUGACAUGCACUCACUGGAGAACUCCCUAAUUGACAUAAUGAGGGCUGAAAAUGAUUCACUGAAAGGUCAGUCCUCGCUGUUCCCCAUGGAGGAUGGGUUCCUGGACGAUGGGCGCGGGGAUCAGAGCCUGCACAGCGGGCUGGGCUCCCCGCACUGCUUCUCGCACCAGAACGGGGAGCGCGUGGAGCGCUACUCCCGCAAGGUCUUUGUGGGCGGGCUGCCUCCCGACAUCGAUGAAGAUGAGAUCACUGCAAGUUUUCGGCGCUUUGGACCUUUGAUUGUAGACUGGCCACACAAGGCAGAGAGCAAAUCUUAUUUCCCUCCUAAAGGAUAUGCAUUUUUGCUGUUCCAAGAUGAAAGCUCUGUGCAGGCACUGAUUGAUGCAUGCAUUGAAGAAGAUGGAAAGCUCUAUCUCUGUGUUUCCAGCCCCACUAUCAAAGACAAACCGGUUCAGAUCCGGCCUUGGAACCUUAGUGAUAGUGAUUUUGUUAUGGAUGGUUCCCAGCCUCUUGACCCAAGAAAAACCAUUUUUGUUGGUGGUGUUCCUCGGCCUUUACGAGCAGUGGAGCUGGCGAUGAUCAUGGACCGGCUCUACGGCGGGGUUUGCUACGCCGGCAUCGACACGGACCCCGAGCUGAAGUACCCCAAGGGCGCCGGGCGGGUGGCGUUCUCCAACCAACAGAGCUACAUUGCUGCUAUCAGCGCCCGCUUCGUCCAGCUGCAGCACGGAGAGAUUGAUAAACGGGUGGAAGUUAAGCCAUAUGUGUUGGACGAUCAGCUGUGUGACGAGUGUCAGGGCGCCCGCUGCGGCGGGAAGUUCGCCCCGUUCUUCUGUGCUAACGUGACGUGUCUGCAGUAUUACUGUGAAUAUUGCUGGGCUGCUAUCCAUUCCCGGGCCGGCAGGGAGUUCCACAAGCCCCUGGUCAAGGAGGGAGGGGACCGCCCGAGACAUAUUUCAUUCCGCUGGAACUAAAGGAUCGCUCAUUUGCAGGCCUCCAAUUAAGUGCACUCUUCUGUUCCUCCCCACCCCGCCCCUCACUCACAGCAUGUCCUUUUGUAGUAGUCUGUAAUUUAACAAUAGUCUAAUGAAAGAAUGACCUAUAAUGGGUAUUUUAUAGAAUCUUGUCAUUGAAAACUGUAUUGGGAACUCCUUUUCGUAUCGAUAACAUGUUGCAAGUGAGUUGCAUUCUCUUGUCUUUACUACCGAGAGAACACUUAAUUUCCUGCAACGUUUUCUUAGAGGAGAGAAAAAAUAUUAAGAGAAGAGAAUUGAAACAAUAGAGUAUUUUGGUUUUUUAAUUAAAUUAUUGUUAAUAAAGAACAUAAUAAUACUUUUAUUAAAUAACCGUGUAACAAU